CUUUUAGCUUGUAAUUUUAAAAUUCUUACAAAGAAAACAAUCUUGAAAAACAAACAUUGUUGUCGCCGCAUCAUAAUAAAUUAAACAAAAAACGUUAAAUUUGCAUAUUAAUUGCAAUUUAUUUUAUAUGUAUUCGAUGCAAUAGAUGAGUCAGUUGAAUUCCAAUUAAAAACAAUUGUAAACAUUCCACCUCCUUUAUCAACAAGAUGUCUAGUAAUCCGGUAUCAACCGGGAUAACUGGUUACGGAAAAUCCCCCAACAUUACGUACAUUACCGAAUUGCCGCCUUCAAAGAGAAGAGAAUUGUGCGAACAUUGUGAUCAAAUUGAUGUUUGGAUGCAAAUGGCUACAAAGAUGGGAUUUAGCGAAAAUGACAUAGAGACCAUUAAAAGACGAAUUCGCAUACCAGGCACUUCACCCACGGGUGAACUGUUAAAAAUUUGGGGUGGCCAGUACAAUCAUAAAAUUGUUGAAUUAUUUGGUGUUUUUCACAAAUUAAAAAUAUUCAAUGGCAUGCGUAUAAUUAAGGAUUAUGUACCGCCCGAAUAUAAAUUAUUGAUACCCAUAAGUAUACCACGCAUUAGUAAAAUGCUACAAACAAAUCCCUCAAGUAAUGAAAAUUCAGUAAAAAUUCGUAAUGGUCCAACGCCAACCUCGUCUGGCGUGGAAACAACUAACAUGCCCACAAUGGUAACGACAGAUGAUAAUAACACCUCAUCGAGUUCCAACAACAAUUAUGAUCGCAGUCGAUCCGCUCUACAUCCAUCGCGACAGCUAACAAAUUCGUCAAUGCCCAACAUACAAGAUAUUACCAGCAUAAUGCCCGAAAUCGAUUAUCAGGAACUUACUGAAGCCACCAGUAACUGGGAUCAAAAACUCGUUUUGGGCAAAGGUGGUUUUGGUACCGUAUUUCGUGGCUAUUGGAAACACACAGAUGUAGCCAUAAAACAAAUCGAUUAUCGUGGUGCCGGCGGUCGUGAAGGUGCUAAGGUGCAGUUGCAACAAAGUUUAAAUGAAUUGAAACAUUUGCAUAAAUAUCGCCAUGACAAUAUCCUGCCAUUGUAUGGUUAUUGUAUAAAAGGAGAUAAGCCUUGUUUGGUGUAUCAGCUGAUGAAGGGUGGUUCGCUGGAGCAGAGAUUAAAUACGAAUAAGUUUCAACCUUUGACGUGGCAGCAAAGAAUUGAUAUUUGUAUGGGUACAGCACGUGGCAUUUACUACUUACACUCUUUGCGAUUGGACAAACCUCUAAUUCAUGGCGAUAUAAAACCGGGCAAUGUUUUACUCGAUCAAUGUUUGCAGCCAAAAAUCGGAGAUUUCGGAUUAGCCAUGGAGGGACCCAAUGCCAUUAAUAGAGCCGUUCAGGUGUCUCAAGUUUUCGGUACCAGAGCAUAUUUGCCACCAGAGUUCUUGAAUUCAAAACGUCUCAGUACACAAGUGGAUACAUUCAGUUUCGGUGUAGUGCUUUUGGAGACAUUCACCGGUCUGCGUGCCAUCGAUAAAAAGCGAAACUUUCUCACCAAGACCAUAAUAAAUCUACUGGAAACUCAUAACUAUAAAUUUGCAGAAUUAAUUGACAAACGUAUGCAGCUGACACAGCCGGCUGAGGAAAUGGUAUGUAUACGCAGCAUUGAGUUGGGUUUACAGUGUAUAAACGAGUGUCCCGAACAACGGCCGGAAAUGGAGAUGGUUUUGAAAAUUAUUAACAGUUACUAUAACGGCAACAGUUUUAUGCAAUAAUUGCACAGUAGAGAUUUUUAUUAUUUAAAAAUGGUUUUUGUUUAUAAGCAUUCCAAAAUGUAUUUGUUUCAUUUUUAUUAUUAUUAUUGACUAUUUUUUUUUAUAUUUUUAAUAAAACGCAAAAACAUGUAAAUAUAACAUAUAA